CCCCCCCUCCCACUCAACCCCGUCUCUCUCUAUCUCUCUCUUACACUCUCUCUCUGCAAAGUUCUGGUUUUUCUCGCCGACGACAGAGGAAGUGAUCGGCCGGAGCCUCGCCGGAGACCGAUCGAGGCCGCGAGGAUGAGCUACUACAACCAGCAGCAGCCGCCUGUUGGUGUCCCCCCGCCGCAAGGUUAUCCGCCGGAAGGAUAUCCCAAGGACGCGUACCCGCCACCCGGAUACCCGCCGCAGGGGUAUGCCCAGCCCGGGUACCCCCCGCCGCAGUACGCGCCGCAGUACGCCCAGCCGCCGCCCCAGCAGCAGUCGAGCAGCACCGGUUUCAUGGAAGGCUGUUUGGCUGCUCUGUGCUGUUGCUGUCUUCUGGACGCUUGCUUCUGAGGGGAGAGAGCGCAUCAAGACUGAAGUGAAUUUCAUGUGAAGGCCUCUUUUGUUAUUAUAUUUUCCGUGUCUAUUUUGUGCUCACAUUGACUUAAAUAAUAUGAACUUGCUUGUCAAUUGUAAGUGUAUUUCUUCAUCUAUGGGGUCGGUUUGUUUUACAACUUCUAUUCUAUAGUAUGCUGGUGCUUGAAG